AUGCUCGGGUUUACUGUGUUGUCUAGCCUUUUGGUUUUAUUAUUUUCCGUCGUUAAUGUGCAAGCUGCUCCUGCUGCUGCUUCCAAAAAAUAUGUGAUGAGCAAAAAUGCUCAGGAUUUGUUUGACACUUCCAUGUCAUGGCAGGAUGGCUUCUGGGAUGAAAACAUCGGGUAUCUUGUUUCUGCAGACAACACUUUGCCAGGUCGUUAUGACUCCCGUCAAAGUGCUUGGUAUGCUGUUGGUUUAGUUGCUAGAAACGGCAAUGGUGAUGUUGCUAGAGCUGAAAGAAUUAUUGCUAACCUCUACAAAGGUCAAUACAAAGACCCUUCAAAGCAAUGGUACGGUGACAUUCAACAGUGCCCAGAUGAGCCAACUCCACAAGAGGGUGUUUACGAACCAAACACAUACAACAGUUGGGAUCCAAACUGGAGAGAUUUCGUUGGCGCUGCCUUUGUUAUUAUGAUUGAAGAUUACGAAUACAGAUUAUCCAAAGAAACCGUUGCUAUUAUUAAGGAAAUGAUGUAUUUGUUGGCUAUUGGUGAUCAGUAUCGUGUUGGUGGUGUUGAUGAUGACAAUUUAUAUGCAGCUUAUUCUAAUCCAUGGAUGAUGAGAUGUAUCUUACAAUCUUAUGCUGGUUCCUAUUUGAAUAAUACCAACAUGACCCAAUCAGGUGAAAAAUGGGGUAAAGAAAUCUAUGACUUAUUCAAAGAAUAUGACACUUUCUCAGAAUUCAACUCUCCAACCUAUACUGGUGUUGAUAUGUUUGCUCUUGGUGUUUGGAUAAGAUAUGCUCCUGCAGGUUCUUCAUUGCCAUCAUAUGCUGAAGAAAUGUUUGGAAGUUUAAUGAAUUUGACUAAAUCCUUAUACAAUGCCAAUUUGAAGAAUUUCGCUGGUCCAUUUGACAGAUCCUAUGGGUUUGAUAUGAAUCAAUACUUUGCUAUCACCGCCUCUACUGUUUGGGGAUUGGUUGGCAGGGACUAUGCUCCAAUGCCUGGCCCUAUUUCUGGUAUGUUCCAUAUCUCUGAUUUUGGAUUUUCUCACUUGAUCGCUUUGGGAAUGCCUCAAAUUGUUCCAUUGAUUUCUGAAGAUGUUCUUCAAUCGUUCAUAACCUACCCAGGUGAACACAGCUUCACUAGACAGGCUUACUCCCCACCAUUUGACACAUACCCAAGAAACAUCAGUGUCUGGUCAAGCGACUACAUUCACGUUGGUGGUGAAACUAUCAUGGAAUCUAAAAUUGGUGGUCCAGCUACCUCCUCUUCUGCAUACAAUCCAGCGGUGAUUCAAUGGUAUGUUAGAGAAGGUAGAAUGGGUUAUAUUACCUUGCAUCCAACACAACCGUGGAUUCAUGCAGUUGCUGGUGAAGGUUUCUUGGACAUCACCUAUCCAAACAUCACUAGUGCUUCUGAUGGCGCUGCCCCAUUCACUUUCUUGGUUUCGGCAUUUGAUGUUUAUCCUAAUGAUAACCUUACUACCAUUGCUGACUUGCCAGGCUUGAAAAUGGAGGUUUCUGGUAAUGUUAAUCUUACUAGUGAAAUCUUUUACUUUGAUAUUGACAGUAACAUCAACGAUUUCUGGUCAUUUAAUUCUACUUGGUCUAUGCCAGAAAACUUCACUGGUGUCCCACACAUUCGUUUUGACAUUACUGAAUACCCAACUUCUCCAGUUGCUAACUAUUCAUUAAGUGACUUGUGA